UCCCACUGAAGGAACGGGGAACCCUUCUGUGGGAGACACCGGCCCGACGGUGCCUCUCCCCGCGGAUACCACGCCUUCGACGGCGAGCGUUUCCCCCGGACCCGAGCCCGAGCCAGUUCCCGCAGUUGUAUCAAGACCGGUAACCUCCCUUCUUGAGCGCAUGAGGCGCCCCAAAGCGCCGACUGCCGCAACCGGUCAGACAUCCACCUUGCCAGCGACUCCCCCGACCAACGCCCCAGUCGUCCAGAAGUACACCGCCGUCGAUCCUGCAAAGGUCCAGGCAGCCUACUUCCGCGAACUGGCCCUAACUGAGGUGGAUCCGCCUUCUAUGAUCCCCCUUGAUCAGGUCCCGCGCGGAAUCAUUCGCACGUUGGCAGGUUGGAGCCCUCUCCCGGACGAUACCUAUAUCGACUCCAAAGUCCUAAGUACUUCAAACCCCUUACUGCCCGAGGAAUCUGACACCGUGUGUGUCCAGAUGAAUUUAAAUGGCAACACCAUUCCAGUUACUAUCGAUACUGGGUGUUCCUCUUUCGCAGUAAGUGCUCGGUUUUGUACGACGCACGGGAUUAAAACCCAAAACCACAAAUUCGAUAAACCUCGAUUCAUGUCUACACCUAAUGGUCUUGUGGUUGCCCACAAAACAGCUAAUAUUACGUUAACAGUCGGAGAUUACGACUUCCCUCUUCAUUUCUACGUUCUAUCCGGCCUCGACGGUCCACCGUUGUUAGACAACCUAAUCCUUCCUUUCAGUUCUGAACGCCCAUCAUUCGGGAACGUCGAGAACCCCAUCGAAGUUUGCAGUAUGCAUCAGUUUACCAAGCACCUCAAAGAUCGACCUGGUAACCAAAACACCGAAGUAUAUCUUAUCCGAAUUCAGGAAGGUAUCGACGGUAUCGACAUCUCCCAAAACGCGGUUCCCUUCAGCCUCCCAGAGCAUAUGAACGGACUCACG